GGUGUGUAUUGUUUUUAAUUCAAAAAUAAAAAGGUUAAGGAGCUAUCAGCGAGUUCAAGCCUGAAAAAAGGUCGUUGGAAUCGGAUAAUAAAUAUACCAGCGCGAAGCGCAAUCUAUUAGUCCAGCUACAGACAGUUAUUACAGUACAAACAAGAUAAACGUUUUCGGUUGUUCAAAAUGUUCGUAACGCACCAUUUUUCUAUCGACGAGGUGAAUAAUUUACUUAGUGAGAGUUUCGUUAGGAUUUUUGGAAAUGUGGUUGAACACUUUCCCGCUGCUGCAAUUGGAAUUUUAAAAUGCAGGCCUUUUAACAACAGCAAUGCCUUGAUUCAAGCGAUUUGUGACUUCUUGGAUGGCUUAAAAGCACAUGAAAAAGAAAAGAUUUUUCAACUGUACCCCGACAUCUUAGACAGCGCCCUAUGCACAUCCCCCAUGAUAUACGACAAAGAACCAUCAUUUGUUAACAUCGAAGAAAAGAGGAAGCUUCAGGAGCUAAACAGUCGCUAUAAAGACAAAUUCGGCUACCCUUUCAUCACCACCAUCAGCGAUCACAACCAUCUCUACUCAGAAAUCCAGUCCAGAAUGGAAAACAACAAAGAUGAUGAGCUUCAAAGGACCUUAAGGGAGGUUAAGGCGAUUGUGUAUUUGAGAGUCCAGGACAUUGUAAGCUAAAGAAGUUUAAAAGACGUUUAGGGACGAGACGAAAGCCUUUAAUAAGGUUCAGCUGUGUCGACUGCGCACGUUAGAGUACGAAGAAGUUUAUUUUACACAUGAUUUGAGUUUAUCUACGAAGUAGACCACUAUUAUCUAAUAUUUAUUAUAUUGAUAUGCUUUAUAAAGAGAGUUUGCUGUUGUACUAACUUUGUUUAAACCUCUAGAUAUUCAGUAUCUUUCUCCUAGUUCAUCUUCGCUUAUUGACUGAUGCCUUUCGAUGUUAUUCUGAUAAGUACUAGAAUAAUUUGUGAUGUUAGGUACUCUUAAUAACAUUUAGUCAUUGAAACAUACUCCUGACACCAAAUUUUCUCGAAAAGUUUGCUUUUACCUCUAUUUCUUUGUUACCAACUGAUAAGUACUAGAAUAAUUUGUGAUGUUAGGUACUCUUAAUAACAUUUAGUCAUUGAAACAUACUCCUGACACCAAAUUUUCUCGAAAAGUUUGCUUUUACCUCUAUUUCUUUGUUACCAAGGUUACAAAAAUACAGUUUUUUAAGGACCAUUUAUUAGUUCAAAAAAUUACAUGACAACAUUUUUGCUGUUCGUAUUUUUUAUAUGAACAUGAUUUUAAAUAAUAAGUAUAGAUAUAUCUUUAAAUGUGUUUAUUUAAUAGGUUGGCUGCCUUGAGACACAAAAAUGUUGUGUUUCAUCACGGUGUUUCAUGUUGUUUUCGAUAACAGCAGUGUGACAUACCAUAGUUGUCUCAUUAGUAAUAGAAACGUGAGCCUCAAGGUCCGUUAGGACCGAUUUUUUUCAUAUCAUGGCAGUCAACGUGUUAAACAUUGACUUUCUGUGAUUUGCUACAAAGUCCUGAUCCUACAUUCAGAUAUUCCUUAAGUACCUAUAUCAGUCUAUAUACAUAGUUUAGUUUUAGAUAGGUAUUGUAUAAUUGUUCACACUUUUUUAUGUUAAUUUUAAUUGUUUGUACAUAUAUUAUUAGUUUUAAAAAAUUUUACAUGAUAAAAACCGGUUUUUAGUGUACAUAGAUAGUUUUCUUUAAGUAUUAAUUUUUUUAUACGAAAAGUAUUGUAAAUAUUUAUAUAAAAUAAAUAAUUGAAUUAAA